AUUUUGACAUCUACUUUUCUGAAUUUUUGAUAAAUAUUUUACUGAAAUUAAUGGCAAGGCUAACGUGAUGAACAUAGUAAAUGUUAAAAGUAAAGAAAUAAAUUUUUAAAUAAUUUACUGUCUCUUAAAACUUGUUAACUUGUAACAUUAUGCUAGCAUCAUACUUUGUGACUAUGGUCAAGUAUAACCAAAAAAGUUAACAUCUUGGAUGCAGACUGAUAAGUUAAGAUGGUUGGUGAAUGCACUCGAAUGAUUACUGAGUGUUUUUAACUAAAAAAUCACAAGCAAAAAUGUGUGAGCUGGACCCUGUUGCAACAAUCAUGCCAACCUUAUCGACUUGUGAUCUAGCAACAAUUCACGAUGUCCCACUCCAUCAUAAUCCAAAAAACUAGCGAACACAACCUUCACAUUUGACCAAACUCCAUAUAUUUCUUGUUUCCAGUUUGUACAGUCAGUUCCAUAGGGAUGAUUGGGUGUCGAUUAAACUUGAAAGAAGGUUCUUUUGAACCACAAUGACAAAGGAAAUAUGAAAUGAUCUGCAAGUCAAAACUGAAGAUCGAUGAAAGUAGAAAAUCUAGAUAUGUAAAAAAUUUGUUAAAUAAGAGAUAUCAAAAAGGAGAUAAUAAAACUGAUACCGUUGAAAUAUAAAAUUAAAAGAGGAAAACCCCAAAUGAGAUCAGCAAAUGAACGUAAAGAUAGAAUUGAAAAAUUGAACCCUUUAUAUAACCCUAUAGCUUAGCUCAAGUGUUGACAUCGAAAUUUUCGAAUUGGUACAAUGUACAAGUCUGUAGAUAAGAAGAGAGCAGUGGAAAAAAUAUCAGAAAUUUCUUUUAUAAGAAAAUUAUUGUAAUUGCAGGUUAAUGCAACAUAAUAUAACAAAUAUACCUGUAAACAUGGCCUGUGUUUUUAUGAAGUGUGUUAACCAGUGCACAUUUUGAAUUAAUUUUAUCUUUAUAACCUAGAAUCAAUAGAUUCAGUGCAAAAAAUCCAUUUACUGUUUUCCACUCUCAAUAAAUGUAGUUUACUGAAAAUCAUGAUGUUAAUGUUUCAUAGCCUUUCAAAAAGAACAUUAAAUUAUUUUGAAAAUAUUUGUAGAUAAAUGAAUUAGUAAAAUAUUUUAUUGCAUUUCCAUCUACAAUUGUGUGAACUGACCAUCGCCUACAGGGAAGGAAAAGCUUAUAGGGAAAAAGUCAAUAGGAGAACACAUUAUAGUGGGGCCCUGGACGUGGUGAAAGCUAACUACUCUCAAGACGCCUCAACUAUGAAACAAAACUAGAAGAUCGACUGGCUUGGCUCAUUCUGUCUUGUAAAGAAAAACCUGGGCCUAUGUUUCGAGGUGUCAGCUUAAUAUUGGUACAUAUUGUUAUCAAUUACAUCAACCAGACUAAAGCCAAAAAGGUCAUCCAUUAAAGCUAUUUUCCAAACAGCCUGUCCCAUAAAACACAGAAAAAACUGUCGUGUAUCGGCAUUCGAAACAACUUCCCAGCUAAAGAAUACUCAAGUCCACUGAUACAAGCAAAAACUAUGUGGAAGAAGUAAGAUUGAUUAUGCUAGCAGCGAGGCUUUAAAAGUUAAGAGACUUCAUUAUUGAUUAAUCGACUGGGAACAGUAAAACUAGCCAAAGACGAUAAAACCGCAGCUCCAAAGACUGCGCCGAGCUCUAUAGGUUUAUACAAUGCGACGUCGCAGCAGUAAAAAUUGACGCGUAUCUGCAAUGAAAAAGGUCGGGGUAGUAAUUGCUACAACCUACCACCAUGUAAAAGAUGUGUAACCACUGGAAACUGUCUCUACCUUCAUAAACUAUUGCAAACAUCACAAUCUACAAUAUAUCUUAGGUUGUGACAACAACGCGUACAUAAAAGCUGGGCGAGCACAAACAUCAACAAAAGAGGAAAAAUGACCAAGAGCAAUUGCAAGAACAAGUUACGUGAUACGGAUGACAUGCUUCUACACGAAGGAUUUAGUUUAAGCCUUGAAGAAAGUACUUAGGAUAGAAAUAAGAUUUAAGGUUUGCAGAAAAAGGCCAAAAUAAGCACGUGUUCUUGAAUCGACAAUUAACCUAAAAAUAAUAAGUUUAUAUUAUUGCUAUAAUAGCACAUUAUAACAUAAUGAAACGAUUAUCUGAUGAAAGAACAAAAAUUCUUUUUGAAAAGUUAGCCAAGUAUAUUGGACCUAAUGUGAAACUUCUAGUAGAACGUCCAGAUGGGCUAUAUUGCUUUAGAGAAAAAAAAGAUAGAGUAUAUUAUAUUUCAGAAAAAAUAUUGAAGCUAGCUAAUACCAUUCCUACUGAUCACCUAGUAUCUGUUGGAACAUGUUUUGGAAAAUUCACAAAGUCCAACAAAUUUAGAUUACAUGUUACUGCUUUACAUUAUUUAGCUCCGUAUGCUCAGAGUAAAAUUUGGUUAAAAGCUUCUGCUGAACAACAGUUCCUGUAUGGAAAUCAUGUAGCAAAAUCAGGAUUGGGACGAAUAAGUGAAAAUACAGAAAAGUACCAAGGAGUAGUUGUUUAUAGUAUGUCAGAUUUACCAUUAGGAUUUGGGGUAGCUGCUAGAUCAACUGCAGAGUGUAAGCAUGCUGAACCUCUAGCUAGUGUUUGUUUCCAUCAAGCAGAUAUUGGUGAAUAUAUAAGAUCAGAAGAGGACCUGUUGUAGAAAUAUGAACUAAAUUACUUUUUGUAUCAAUAAAAUAAACUGAAUUAUUUUUUUUACCAAUAAAGCCAAUGUAAGGAUAACAUGUAUAUAAAUUUUAUAUGCCACUUAGUUUUUAGAGAUAGUAAUGUGUGGUGAUCAAAAUUACUGACAGAUAUAAUGAAAGUGUGUGUUCGCAUAGUGACAGUGUAAAGUGUGUCUUGAAACUUCACGAAAUGAAAUUACGGUGAAAAACCUAAAUUAUUAAGUAAUUGUAACAAUUGUAGACAAUCUAAAGAACCUUUUAGUGGAAAUUAGGAAGGUUGACUAUUCAUCUAUAUGUAAUUGCAGCUUUAUUAUGUCUUGUACACAGAACUUCUAGAUGUACAUGUGUUCCUUACAGAGCUGUGUUUAAGAGUGGGUGUGCCUAAGCUUAAAAAGACUUUCUGAAAAAAUCCAACCUUUCCAAUAACAGUGAAGGUCAUCAACUUGUGUGAAUGAUUCUGAUCAAAUAGAAUUUGAUUAAGCAAAUGAGGAGACAAUUAAAAUAAUCAACUACUCAAGUUUAUGUUUACCAAUAUUAUAAUUCAC